AUGUCAGAGAGUUCAGAGAUUAGUAUUGCAGUUGGGUUUAGAUUCACACCAACUGAAAAGGAGCUUAUGUGUGAAUAUUUAGCCAAGAAGGUUUGGAGUUGUUCAGGCAAUGAUUAUAUUUAUAAGCAGUUCUCUUCAACGGUGGUGAUUGAAUGUAGUGAAGUAUACUGCAAGCAUCCAUGGCUUCUUAUGGUUUCUACUGAAGGUGCUACUCAUAGAAUGGAGAGAGAUGGAGCUGUUUACUUUUUUGUUCGAAUGACGAAAAAGAAUGCAAAUGGUUGGAGACCUAAUCGGAGGAUUAAUGGUGAUAUGGGUUUUUGGAAAUCAACUUCUUCAGGCAAACCAGUGGUGGAUAACCAUGGAAAUGUGUUAGGUAUGAAGAAAAGUCUCAAGGAAGGUGAUGAUGAUGAUAAGAAAACCUGCAGUUCCAAUAAAAAUGGGUCUAAAACAAGUUGGAUAAUGCAUGAAUAUAACUUAGUGGAUCCUAAAAAUCCUAAUAAGAAAGAGUUCCAAGAAUGGACAUUGUGUAGGAUCAACAACAGUGGAAGAAAAAGUAGUUCUUGCAAUACUACUUAUGGUUCAACAGUGGAGGAGGGAAUUCAUCAGCAACAACAACAUGAGCAGCAGCAGCAGCAAGAUGAUUAA